AUGCCCUCAUACAAACAAUCACAACCACAAGAGAGCUAUCGGUCUUACUUCGACUUCCUUCGCGACUUCGACAUUGACGGCGGCGAUGUUUCCCUCCAGGCCGUCCACGUCGUCGAGACAGCAAAGCGGUACGCCGCCGUGUACGGCGACACAGAGGACGUUUUGAUGAGGGAGGCCGCCCAGAAGUACCGGAGCACCGAGCAUAAGGGCAGGGAGUUCAGGUUUUACGGAGCAAUCAUAAAUCAGCUGAAGUACCCUCUGUCGGAAGAGAUCAUUAAGCACAUGGAGAGGAAGGAGAGGCGGAGACACCGCCGCUGA